GCAUGAAACAACAGAGGAGUUUCUGGGCCAAUGCUCUAUUCUAUGAUUACAUGGCAGCACCCGUGCUUGAAGGGAUCUUCGUCGACAUUUGAUUAACUUUUUCUAGACCUUAAAUACCAUUGUCACCGGAGUAGGAGUCAAGUUCCAUUGGCAUGUGUUGAAGAAUCCUGGUUAGUUCAUAAUGGCCACUAGCAGCCACUCCAAGGGCAACUACAACUUCAAGAUCGUGCUCUUGGGCGAGGGGUGUGUGGGCAAGACCUCGUGUGUCCUCAGAUAUGUGGAGGACACCUUCAACGACCGCCAUAUCACCACACUUCAGGCCUCGUUUCUGAGCAAGAAGUUGAAUAUCCGAGGGAAGCGAGUGAAUCUGUCCAUAUGGGACACGGCGGGUCAAGAGCGCUUCCAUGCAUUGGGGCCCAUCUACUACCGUGAUGCCAAUGGUGCCAUCCUCGUGUACGAUAUCACGGAUCAGGAUAGCUUCCAAAAAGUCAAGAACUGGGUCAAGGAGCUCCGGAAAAUGCUCGGGAGCGAUCUGAAUCUGGCCAUUGCCGGGAAUAAAACCGACCUGGAGAAGCAGCGAAGGGUGGAUGUCCAAAUGGCGGAAGAUUAUGCUAAGGCCGUUGGAGCGCACCAUUUCCACACAUCAGCCAAACAAAAUAAAGGCAUUGAAGAACUCUUUUUGGACCUCUCUCAGCGAAUGAUCAACACGUCCGAUGACCUGGCUCGAGCUAGUGGUGGAUCCUUGGGAUUAUCAUCGCUCGGUGGCGCUCGGGGUAACACAGUCACGGUCGUCGACGACAGUCAAAUGUCUCGAGAAAAAUCCGGCUGUUGUGGAGGCGGAUCUUCGUCGGUGGUGACCGGACUGCCGGUGGACAACAACCUGGCAGCUAGUAGCCAAUAACCAUAGUUGGCUUGGCCAUAGUUUUAUUAUCGGCAUUUUGAUUCGAGCACACACACCCUCUUCAGACCUGAUCGAGUCCGUUAUGGUGAGUGCGUGUUGGUCCAUACAUUGAACUCUGUAAUUAGCCAUGAAAGCUCGGUGAUUUUGAUUCACUUAUUCUCGUUUUUUCCAACCCAUUUGUCAUUAGCCUAAUCCAUUCUGAUUGUCAAACACGUAAAAACCAUUAAAUGUGCAACAAAAAUAUAUAUUAUUCAUCCA